UCUGAGCAGGGUUCAAAUUUUCCAUAAGACCCCGGUGUCUUUUGGGCCUCAAAUCUUUUCGUCACGCCCCUACCGGUACCGGUCCCUAAUUUGCGGGAUGCCCCUACCGGAUGGCCGUUAAAAGCCAGCGGGCUAUUUUUCGAGAUGCCCCUACCGGUACCAUUUGCUGCCAAGCGAUUUGCUGCCAAGCCAUUUGCUGCUAUGUCAUCUGAUGCCACAUCAUCUUCUGCUAAGUCAUCUUAUGCCACGUCAUCUGCUGCCAGUCCAUUUGCUACCAAGCCAUUUGCUGCCAUGUCAUCAUCUGCUGCCUCAUCAGCUGAUGUCACAGCAUCUGCUGCCAAGUCUUCCACAACUGCCACAUCUGCUACUGCUUUCCCAGAUGCAGGGGCGGCUCCCUCUUCCGACAAACCAAAGGAUGUUAGUGGUGGACAGUCUGAGUCAACGAAGAGGGCAACGGCAACCUCAAUGAAUGCAGGAAAGAAGAAGUCUGGGACGAGAAUCAGGGGGCAGGCGUUGGCUCUUGCGAGUCCCUAUCUCGUCUCAUCUGAAGGUUACAAUCGAUGGAAGAAGAUGAUGAAGGAGGAGAGGGGUGUUCUGAUGGCGAUGCACGGCUAUGGCUGGUUGGUGGACUAUUGGCCAUCGCAUAUUCAAAUACGUAGACCAGUUAGACAAAGUCCUCGUCAAAAGAUUGACCGACCCUUACGUAGUAAGGAAUUAGAGAUUGGAGGCGGAGGAGGAGAUGGAGGAGACGAUGGAGAUGAUGGGGACAAGAAAGGGAAGGGUCCCAAGAAGGUGGAAGACGGUGAAGCGGAGGAAUCCAGGCAAAAGAUGAAGGUGAAGUUGCCUUGGACUUAUACGGGGAAAAAGGAAGAGAGCAUUUUCCACUGGGAGGCGGCUAUGGACACACACCUGUACGCACAAAAGAUUAUGUACUGGGACCGUGUGUUAAUGGCGAGUUCAUGCAUGGCAGGAGACGCAAUUAGCUUCGCUAUCUCUUUGAUGAAAGAGGCUGGCUGCACGACCAUGGUCCAGUAUUCACAGCGGACAGGAAUCGAGGACUUCUUCAGAGCCCUUACAGAAAGGUUUGAAGAUAAGAACCUGGCCCGUAGGAUUGAGUCUUCGAUCCUUAACAUUGGUGAUCAUAAGUGGAAGAGUGCGUCGGCUCUCAAAGCCACUAUGGAUGAACUUCUGCAGUGUCCGGAUCAUGGACUGGCACCUACACAGAUUCUGAAUAACUUCGCCAAAGCACGCCCAAAUCCACUAAGAACCCAACUUUAUCCCUGCACUAAAGAGGAAGGAAUGACAUACGAGAAGUUUAGUAAGAUCGUAGUAGAUCACGCUGGCUUCCUGCAAGAGGCACAAUAUUGCCAUUACUGGAAAGACCUGCAGCCCGCGGGGGAGGGCGACAAGGAGGAAGAGGCCGUGGAAGAGGAGGCCACAGCCGUGGUGGAGGAAGAGGACCCGCCGCCCAGAGGGUUAGUGGCGAAGGUGGAGGAUGGCGAUGGUCACGACGGGAGCGGUGGCAGCGAUGGGACUGAUGGCAGUGGCAAGGAGGACGAAGGCGAAGGCGAGGAGAAAGAUGGUUGUUCGUCGGAGGAAGAGGGCGACUCCGGAUCAGAACCCCCGUCUAAAUUGCGCAAGACAUGCCACUGACGCGCGCGCGCACGAGGGAGAGAGAGAGAGAGAGAGAGAGAGAGCACUGACAGUGCUGCCAGUCUG